AUGAGUAUAAAGAUGAUUUUGAAAAUUUGAUUAAAUCCUCCAAGGUUAAAGAAAUCACCCUAUUAAUUCAUAAUGAUGAUGUUCCGGGAAAUAAUAAUGGUGAUGCUAUAUUGACCUUUAUGUUUAACACCCUGUCAAGUUAUGCUAGUUCUAAUCGUUCAACGAUAAAAUUUGGUGAAGGUUGGAAUAUCAGU